GGGGUAGGGAGUGGUGUCAUGAGGGAGUGAGGUGGUCCUAUCUGUCGGGGUAUCAGUCAUGCACUCAGAACCAUUUGCCCAUCUCCCUCUGGACUCAGAGAGAGCGUGAGAGAAAGGACAGGUGGACGUCCAUCACAAGAUUUCUCCAUCUGUUUCUGAUCCUGGCUCCUCAGAAUGCUGGGUCUGCUGUUAACCACCUGCCUGCUUCUUCACAGUGCCAUUUCCAGAGGCACUGAUGAACCUAUUUAUCUGGUGACAAUGACCUCCCAAACAAUAGGAGGCAGCACUGAGACACUGUGUGCCCAAAUUCAUCUUGUGAAGGAACCCCUCUCCUUUCUGGUUAUUCUGGAAAUGGAAGGUGCCAGCAACACCACUUUGUUGGAGGAAACAGUCACAACAGAGUUCCAUCGCUGUGUGCAGUUCCAGGUUCCCCAUGUGGUCACUGAGACUGUGGUGACCAUUCAUGGCACAAUCCAGUGGGGAGAAAUGCUUUUGAGCAAGAAAACUAAAAUCGUGAUCAAACCACCCACUUACCUCACCAUUGUACAAACAGACAAGCCCAUCUACAAACCGGGACAGACUGUCCAGUUCCGCGUCGUCUCUCUGGAUUCCAGUUUAGCGUCUUACAGCCAAGUGUACAGGACUGUGGAGUUGCAGGACCCUGAAAGGAACCGCAUCGCCCAGUGGUUGAACCAGUCCACCACCAGUGGCAUUCUGGACCUGUCCCACCCUACAACUACUGAGGCCAAGCAGGGUGUCUACACCAUCACCACCCGGACUAAGAGGGGCCAUAAAACUACCCACACCUUUGAGAUCAUAGAAUAUGUCCUUCCCAAGUUUGAGGUAAAAAUCCACCUCCCUGACAUCAUAACUGUUUUGGACACUGAGGUGACCGUGAAGAUUUGUGGGAAGUACACCUAUGGGAAGCCUGUCCUAGGGUCAGUGAGAGCAGAAUUUUGCAGCAGGGAUUAUCGGUGGCGACCUUCAGUACCUCGGAGGCUAUUUAAUCACAGUGAUCCCAAGUGUCUGACACAGAGUGCCAUGCGGACUGACAAAACCGGAUGUGCCACACAAACAAUCAACAUGACUGACUUUAACAGGGAAGGAUUACAAGUUUUUGGUGGCAGAUUUACUGUGGAGAGUGAGAUUGAGGAAGAUGGAACAGGUGUUGUGUUGAAGGGCAGUGGCAGUAUGAAGUUUACUCCAAAUGAUGUUUUUCUUGAGUUUCAAGAUGCCCCCUCCUCUUUCAGGCCAGGAAUAAACUGUGAGGGAAAGAUCCUUGUGAAAAGAGCAGACUCCUCUCCUGUGCCCGACAAGUCUGUCGUCCUAUACAAUCGUCACAUUUCAAAUUCAGAAAACUGGACACUGACUACUGACAGCAAUGGUGUGGCCCACUUUUCACUUGACACUAGUUCCUGGAAGGGGGAAUCUGUCUUGCUAGAGGCACGGCUCUCUCUGAAGAUGUCAGGCAUUAGGCAUGGUUCCUACCAUCAAAAUUAUAAGAGUGCUUACCAUAAUGUUAAAGCAUUUUAUUCAAAAAGCAAGAGCUUCCUGAAGAUCAAGCAGGCAAAAGAGAAGCUCCCAUGUGAUGAGGAUGGUCAGCUCCUGGUACAUUAUGCCAUCCAAAGGGAGGAGCUUAGUGGGCAGAAAAACCUGGAAUUUUUCUACCUGGUCCUGUCCAAAGGGAGCAUGGUCCAGCAUGGCCGUUCUACAGUGACAUUGAGUGAUGGAGAAGUUAAGAUAGGGAAGCUGUCCUUAACGCUGGAGAGGGUAGAAGAGCUGGUCCCUUAUGCCCAGGUGGUGGUGUACACGGUGUUGCCUAUGGGUGAGAUUGUGGCAGACAGCUGUGACUUCCCCAUCCAGUUGUGCUUCAGAAACAAGGUGUCUCUCCAGUUCUCCUCCCCCCAGCAGCUCCCUGGGGAGAAGACGUCUCUGGAGCUGCAGGCCCAGCCGGGGUCUCUGUGCUCCCUGAGGGCCAUCGACCAGAGCGUCCUCCUGAAGAAGCCAGAGAAGGAGCUCAAUGCAAAGGCGGUAUAUGAUCAACUGCCUCUUCAGAGGCUAACUCGGUACCCCAAUCAAGUGUGGGAGCAACCUCCCUGCAUUGAUGAGCCACUGUCAGGAGAAGAUAUUAAACCAAAAGUAGGAUUCAUAAACUUUCAUGGUGAGAAAGAGGACACCUACACUGUCUUUAUGGAAGUCGGGAUCAAGGCCCUGACCAACUUAGAAAUGAGAGCACCUGUCGAUUGUUAUGGUCCAAUUCUUUUCAUGAGGAAGGAAUUAAAAUCAGAGAGUGGCGGGAGGACACACAACUUAAGGCUCUUUGGGAACUUUGUGCCCCAAAUUGGCACAGUGCCAGGGAUGCCUAUGGAGGCACCCAGAGAAACCAUUCGUACCUUCUUCCCUGAGACGUGGAUCUGGGAGCUGGUACCAGUGGGAGAUUCGGGCUCAGUGAGGGUGGAGCAGACUGUCCCAGACACCAUCACUAAAUGGGUGGCAAACGCAUUCUGCACCUCCUCAGCUGGAUUCGGCCUGGCCGCCAACACGGGCCUCACGGCCUUCCAGCCUUUCUUCCUGAGCCUGACACUGCCGUACUCCAUCAUCCGUGGGGAGGUGUUCACACUGAAGGCCACGGUCUUCAACUACCUCUCCAAAUGCAUCAUGGUGCAGGUCAGUCUGGCGGAAUCGGCGCAGUUCACAGCUCAGCCGUGUGAUGGCUGCCAGUACAGGCGGUGUCUCUGUGGAGAGGAGAGUGACACAUUCAGCUGGGUCCUCACCCCAACCGCUCUGGGUGAGGUGAGCAUUAAAGCCAGUGCAGAGGCCCUGAGUACCGAGGACCUGUGUGGCAAUGAGGUGGUCACUGUGCCUGAGAGGGGACAAAUCGACACUGUGGUCCGAAAGCUGCUGGUGGAGCCUGAGGGCACAGAGCAGACCAUCAGCCACAAUGCCCUGCUGUGCCCUAAAGAUGGUGCUGUGGAGAAGGUAAUUUCUCUGGAGCUCCCAGAAGUCUUUGUGGAGGGCUCUGCCAAGGCCUUUCUCUCGGUGCUGGGAGACCUGAUGGGGCGCGCUAUGAGGAACCUGGAUGGCUUGUUGGCCAUGCCGUACGGCUGUGGAGAGCAGAACAUGCUGCGCUUCGCCCCCAACAUCUUCAUCCUCAGAUACCUGGAGAGCACCGGACAACUGACACCGGAGAUCAGGGCCAAAGCCGUCACCUUCCUGGAGAGUGGUUAUCAGCGCGAGCUGAACUACAAGCACAGAGACGGCUCCUACAGUGCCUUUGGACAGAGUGACCCCUCAGGGAACACCUGGCUCACCGCGUUUGUGAUGAAGUCUUUUGGAGGCGCAAGGCCGUACAUCUUUAUUGACCCUAAGCAUAUUGCCAGCGCCAAGACAUGGCUCAGCCUUCAGCAGCAGGAGGAUGGCUGCAUCAGGUCUGUGGGGAAACUCUUCCACAAUGAGAUGAAGGGCGGAGUCAGUGAUGAGGUGAUGUUGACCGCCUAUGUCACAGCAGCUCUCCUUGAACUGGACAGGAACGUCACUGACCCCAUGGUGCAGAGGAGCCUGUCGUGUCUGAAACUGGCCUCAGAUCAGCUCAACAGCACCUACGCCACUGCCCUGUUCUCCUACACCUUCUCCCUGGCCGGAGACCAUGAUAUGAGGAUGCAUCUUAUUGGCCAGCUGGAUAGAGUGGCCAAGACCACAGGAAAUGGACGGCACUGGGAACGUGCUGAGGCAUCUGGGAUAGACUCACUGUCGGUGGAGAUGACCUCCUAUGUUCUUCUGGCCCUCCUCUCUGGGCCUCCCCUUCCUGGUUUCAACUUGAGCUACUCCUCCACCAUCGUCCGCUGGCUGGCCCAGCAGCAGAACCCUUAUGGAGGCUUCUCCUCCACACAGGACACAGUGGUGGCUCUGCAGGCUCUGACGCUGUACGGUGCUGCCACCUUCAGUCCGGGAGGUGCCAGCACAGUGACAGUGGCCUCUACAGGCAGCUAUAAGCAGCAGUUCAGUGUGGAUCAGCACAACAGGCUGCUGUACCAGGAAGAGCAGCUGCAGGAGGUGCCUGGAGUCUACAGCAUCAAGGCGGAGGGCGAGUCCUGUGUGUUUGUGCAGAUCGCUCUGCACUACCACAUCCCCCCUCCUCCAGACUCCUCCUCCUUCACCAUCAUGGCCACAGCAGCAGGGAACUGCAGCAGCACACGGAGGCCGUCCCUGGUGGUGACUGUGGAUGUCAGGUACAAUGGUAGGCGGGAGGAGACCAACAUGGUGAUCAUCAGCGUCCGCCUCCUGUCUGGAUUUCUCCUGGAUAAGAGCUCUCUCACCCCUCUGAAAGCUGAUCCCACUGUCAAACGUGUUGAAGAGGAAGAAGGUCAUGUGACCAUCUAUCUGGAUGAGUUGAAGAGGAUGGAGCCCAAGCAGUAUAAUCUGACCAUGGUGGAGGAUGUACCGGUGAGGAACCUGAAGCCCGCUGUGGUGAAGGUUUAUGACUACUACAAGAAAAGUGACGAGGCGGUGAGUGAGUACAACUCCCCCUGUGCCCAGGGUGAUGAGUUUAACCAGCUGUGAAGGGGGUUGGAGGGACCAGCUACAUCACUCUCCCCUCUCUGUGCGCUGGACCAUGGGAAUGGACUCACAAGCUCCUAUUGAUAAAACUUAAUGGGGAAUGAAUGCAUUUUGUCAAUGUCUAAAGUCCAAUGGUGACUGUAACAAAUUGGCACAUACCAAGAUGUCAUCAGGCCAAUUAGGAAGUGGAAACAGUACUUGUGAAAAAGAAAAGUGAAGUUUUCAAAUGGACACAAAUAAAGAAUACAGCAAAAUUUGUUUCAAA